CCGAAAACCGAUCGUCCUCGUCUCGCCUCUCGUUCUCGUUCACCUUCGCGCGAGUAGUCAAUCGACGAACAAUGCGGACCCAUUGAAGCAUCAGACGAUUGGUUACGAUCGUCGAUUCGCCGUUCGCUGACCUUGUACAACGGAUUCAUGUGCAGACGGCUCACCGCCGUUGCUGCCGCACCGCUGAUCCAGGUAUCGUCCGCGUCGUUGUUAAACACCGAACAGGAGGAGGAAGAGGAGGAUUCACUUCUCCGCGAGAAUAUCGACGGCUCGACCUCGGAACGAUUGUCCGCGGUCCACGGUAGAACGGGGGCCGAGAACAUCUUAGCACAGCACAGAACGACGUUCGAUCCACGCCGAAAGGAGAGAUCGUUGAACGCGCCGCGGUAUUCCUUCGAAGAUCUGUUAUCGGAAGAGAGGGACAAGGACCUCGGGCUGUCCUCAGGCGGCGUCGGUAUCGCUGUCGGAAAGGUUCGGUUGGGAGGAGCAGUGGUCAAGGACGACGAUGGUGUACGACGAUCGGUUAAACAGGAAGCGAAAGAGAAUAUAUUCGAAUCGUUGAAGAAUUCCAUCGAUAAAACGAACAAUUAUCCGACGUCGCGAUUAAACACCAGACAGAUAUACAAUAUGAUAUUGAAGGAGACUCUGAAGGAAAGCGAAGGGAGACAACGAUUAUUAGAUAACGAUCAAAUAAAGUUCAACGAAUCAUCGUCGCUGCCGCCAAUCGAAAUAAAAGAACAGCUUCCGUCGUCGUCGUCGUCGGAAAAUAGGGUCGAACGCGAAGACGAUAUCGACGAGUAAAAUCGUUCGAAUCUGAUUAUUAAUGUAGAUGAAGUGUAACGAUAACAGAUAAUAAAAUUAUUUCGUAGAGAAA